GAAUACCAUAGUUACGAACUAAAUACUAAUAUGUCAAAUUUCUGCAAUAUUUAUUAUGGUUUUUAAUUUCAAAUAAUGGCGAAAAGCAAUGAACCAUUGAUAUGUACCACCAACUCUCGUUAUCAUAUUGAUUAUGGCAUACCCUUAGUAGCAAAUAAAAGUACGGAUUACAGGACAACGACUGGAAGUUGCCACGAUGGUUUGCCACCAAAUCCUGACGAUUUCGACUGCAGGGUUAAAGUUAAUCUGAGAGACGACUGGAGAUUCACAGAUGUUGCUUUGAAAAAUUCCACAUUUGCAAGUACCAACAGAAAUGAUUUCGUGACGAAGUACACGCAAACGAGAGUUUGUGACAGUUAUAGAAAAGCACCAAGAAAAAACAAGGAUUACACUAGAAAUAUUGAAGAAAGUAUGUUUGCUCAUCCGCCGAGGCCGAUAACACCAAAAAUAUCCGAAAUGAAGGACAAUUUCAGAAUCAACUAUUUGAACUUAGACUCUAGAGAAGUAAUACCACCGGCUAUAUCAGCAGUUUGUCCUGUUCAAGGACUCGGAAGAGAUGAACAACCACCAGUGAGACCAGAAAACCCGGGUUUUUGGAAGUGGUUGGAUCCUUACAUGACGACCAACAAGAGUACUCAUAUCCAGUUCAACAAAACCCAGUGCAAGAACGCUAAGAAAGAUUUUCCCACAUAUUACAACACCAAUGGAAAAUGGCCGGGUUUCGAUGAAACGUUGCCCCCUGCCAGUGGAAAUAAGAGUGUUAUAGAUCAUGUCCCUUUCAAGCACCAGUUUCCAAAUAGAAAUUUACCAAAGAUUGUGCACAGAGUACCCCACUCCGGAAUAACAACGGAAUACUCGUCAAAUUAUCAGAUCAAUUCUAAAUCUGACCUGGCACCAUAUAUACAGGCUCCAGGAGAAGAAUUUCCAGAGUCUUUAUCUGGAUCAUCGGCAUGGCAAAAUCUUGCCGCACCUGGAAUGUACUGCACCGAAUACUGUCAACUGGGCACCACAAAGUCGGCCAGAAACAUAAUAGCAAUUGACAAACCGAAGUCUACAAUCGUACAUAAGCCAUGUCGUUUCAAAUUAACUGACGCUUAUAGAUACUAAUAAUUUUCAUACUGAUGUACGGAAAUUGAAAUGGAUUUAUAUACAGAAAUAUAUGAUAUUAUUGCAAAUCUGAUGACAAAUCAAUUUCAGUAUAUUGAAUUAAUUUGAAUUUUCUCUUCAGAAAAGCCCAGUUUCAUUUUGAAAUGUAUUAUGUAUUAUGUAAGUGGAAUAGAAAACAAAAACUGAA